AUGUCCUACAUUAUCACCAUGUUGGGAAAUGUCACAGUUCUCAUUGUUGUGGGCAGAGAUCAGACGCUGCACAAGCCGAUGUACCUGCUGAUCUGCAUGCUAGCGCUCACAGACAUCAUCAAAUCCACCUCCAUCUUGCCAAAGGCCCUGUGUAUAUUUUGGUUCAAUUUGAAAGGCAUUACGGUGAGUGGCUGCCUCACCCAGUUGUUCUUCCUUCACACUGUUUCUUUUACGCAGUCAGCCAUUCUGGUGACAAUGGCCUUUGAUCGUUACGUGGCCAUAUGUAACCCCCUCAGAUAUGCCACCAUCCUCAGCAAUGCACGAAUAGCUAAGUUAGGGCUUGUAGGUUUGAUAAGAGGCGUCCUCUGUAUUCUGCCUCUGUCGCUGUUAUUAAGCUGGCUGCCAUAUUGUGCCAACCGCACUAUCGCCCAUACACACUGUGCAAACAUGGUUGUGGCAAAGUUAUCGUGUGGGGACAUCACCAUCAUCAGCAUGUACAACUUGGUGGUAGCAUUUACAGUCAGUGGAUUAGACCUGAUGCUCAUUGCUCUGUCCUAUGGUCUGAUCAUCAGGGCCGUCCUCAGAAUCUCCUCCAGGAAAGCCCACCAGAAAGCCCUCAACACCUGCACAGCCCAUCUCUGUGUGAUGCUGACCAUUUAUACUCCAGGCUACUUCACCAGCUUGACACAACAUUUCGGUCGGGGCAUCGCUCCCCAUAUUCACGUUAUCUUGGGAAACCUCAGUCUCCUCAUCCCUCCCAUGCUCAACCCCAUUAUUUACGGGGUCAAAACCAAAGAGCUUUGUGACAAAGUGAGCAAAUGCUUCCACAGAAAGUGA